ACGUCUUACACCAUCUAUUCCAACAUCUCCACUAACUACGGCUCUGUUACCUCAGGUCCUCUUGUCCUGACAAGUGCAUGCUUCUAGGCAUUCGUCCCCGCCUGAAAGCUCGUCCGUCUCUACUUGAUUUGAUCGAGAACGGAAGGUCGCACCGUUCCAAUCCCCCUAGUCCGGAGGCUACGAGGAGCUCGACCUUUGGGAGACCCGCUGAGCUUUUCGACGUUGAAUUCGCCAUUGCAAGCGACGACCUCGAAGACCCGUUCGUCGAACUGCCGCCGUUGCCGGAGAGCCCUGUGAAGCCGGCCAUCUCCCCUGGGAUCCUUCCUGAUAUUGUUGUGAACGGCUCGGAAGUUGAGAAAGACGUCAUUGAAGAGCUGCCUAAACAGAAGGAAUCGGUCAAGAUGGCACCAGCAGCGAAUACAGCAGAUGAAGAAUACGAUGGCUCCGUUUUCUCCGUCUCAGGUCCUGUCAUCGUGGCGGAGAACAUGAUCGGUUGUUCUAUGAACGAAUUGGUUCGUGUCGGCCACGAGAACCUGGUUGGAGAAGUCAUUCGUAUAGAAGCCGAUAAAGCCACGAUCCAAGUCUACGAAGAGACAGCCGGAGUCAAAGUUGGUGAUCCUGUCAUUGGCUCGGGCAAGCCCUUAUCGGUCGAACUCGGACCGGGCCUCAUGGAGACCAUCUACGACGGUAUCCAACGGCCCCUGAAGCACAUUGCGGACGUGUCGAACUCCAUCUACAUUCCUCGCGGCAUCGACAUUCCUUCCCUCAACCGUGAGAAGAAGUGGGAGUUCACCCCCGGCCAGUUCAAAGUCGGUGACCACAUCACCGGCGGCGACGUCUUCGGUACGGUCUUCGAAAACUCCUUGCUGAGCGAGCAUAAGAUUCUGCUUCCACCGCGCGCUCGUGGUACGAUCACACGACUUGCUGGGCCGGGCAGCUAUACUGUGGACGAGAAGAUCCUGGAGUUGGAAUUUGACGGCAAGAGGACCGAAUACAGCAUGAUGCAUAGGUGGCCCGUUCGAGUUCCUCGACCUUCCAAUGAGAAGUUGAGCUCGGAUCAGCCCCUCAUCGUCGGACAACGUGUGCUAGACGCCCUGUUCCCGAGUAUCCAAGGCGGUACGGUCUGCAUUCCCGGUGCCUUUGGAUGCGGGAAGACCGUGAUUAGCCAGAGUUUGUCCAAGUUCUCGAACAGUGACAUUAUCGUGUACGUCGGCUGUGGUGAGCGAGGAAACGAGAUGGCUGAGGUCUUGAUGGAUUUCCCCGAACUUAGCAUCGAGGUCAACGGAAAGAAAGAACCCAUCAUGAAGCGAACCACCCUCAUCGCCAACACCUCCAACAUGCCCGUGGCGGCACGUGAGGCCUCCAUCUACACUGGUAUCACCGUGGCAGAAUACUUCCGUGAUCAAGGCAAGGACGUCUCUAUGAUGGCCGACUCCUCCUCCCGCUGGGCCGAAGCGCUGCGUGAAAUCUCCGGUCGUCUCGGAGAGAUGCCUGCCGAUCAAGGCUUCCCCGCUUACCUUGGUGCCAAACUCGCGUCCUUCUACGAGCGUGCUGGUCGUGUGACGGCGCUUGGUUCUCCGGACCGGAAGGGCAGUGUCAGCAUCGUCGGUGCCGUCAGCCCUCCCGGCGGUGACUUCUCCGAUCCCGUUACCAGCUCCACCCUCGGCAUUGUCCAGGUGUUCUGGGGGUUGGACAAAAAGCUGGCACAACGCAAGCACUUCCCCUCGGUCAACACUAGCCUAAGCUACACCAAAUAUACCACCGCACUCGAUAAAUACUACGCGGAACAUAACCCCGACUUCCCCCGCCUGCGCGACCGCAUCAAAGAACUCCUAACCACCUCUGAGGACCUGGACCAGGUCGUCCAGCUGGUCGGCAAGUCAGCGCUGGGCGACUCCGACAAGAUCGCACUCGACGUGGCGACCUUGCUCAAGGAAGACUUCCUGCAGCAGAACGGCUACUCUGACUAUGAUCAGUUCUGCCCGCUCUGGAAGACCGAGUGGAUGAUGAAGAACAUGAUGGCGUUCCACGACGAGGCGCAGAAGGCCGUUCAGCAGGGCGUCAGCUGGGCUCGUACCCGGGAGGCGACCGCCGACAUUCAGAGCCAGCUGCGGGCCAUGAAGUUCGAGUUGCCUAGCGAGGGAGAGGAGAAGAUUACCAAGAAGUACGAGGAACUUCUGCAAAGCAUGAUGGAUAAGUUCGCGGCGGUGGUCGAUGAGUAGGAGAGUGCAGCGGUUCUCGGGAUUUGGGUCUCUUUUGUGAAGCAUAGAAUGAAUGGUUUGUCGGGGCUACCAUAGUAUGGAUACCAAUGGUCUUUCUUUCGUCAAGAAUCCAGACACUGUACACAGCGACUGUAGUCUAUCCCGUAAUAGGUAGGGUACCUGGCCUGCCGUUCUUGCCAAUUCUACAUACUUUCAAAAAUCAGCUC